AUGUCUUUCGCUGCUCCGGUUGCCUCAACACUCUUCUCACGCUUCUUCCGCCCCUUCUCUGCCAGCUCGCCAUUCCUUUCCUUGACUCACGAGCCGCAAGCACGCAAGAUGUCCAGCACCACUGAGCAGGCCACCCUCGCAGCGGGCUGCUUUUGGGGCGUUGAGCACCUGUUCCGGAAGCAGUUUGGCAACGGCAACGGCCUUGUGAAUGCGAAGGUGGGCUACAGUGGUGGCCAGACCUCAUCGCCAUCGUACCGCGCCGUGUGCUCCGGCGAUACUGGCCAUGCCGAAGCUCUCCAGAUCUCAUUUGAUCCCUCCGUCGUGUCCUACCGUCAGCUCAUUGAGUUCUUCUACCGCAUGCACGACGCGACGACCUUGAACCGCCAGGGCCCCGAUGUCGGCACUCAGUACCGCAGCGUGAUCUUCACGCAUGGCGAAGAGCAGCAGAAGAUCGCGGAGGACAUUACGGACAAGGUCAGCAAGGAGUGGUUUAAGCAGCCUGUCUCGACUCAGGUUGUGCCCGCUGGCCAGUGGUGGGAUGCCGAGGAGUACCACCAGCUGUACCUGAACAAGAACCCGACUGGAUAUGAGUGCCCUGCUCAGUAUGUGGACCCCAAGUGUCAAUUCCCGUUUCACACCGCGUUCCUUCCAUUAUUUCGUCUUUCGCUGACUGCUCGUGCCUUGCUAGCUUCGUACGGACCUUCCCUCCUCUUUCGGAGUGACUCCGUUCCCAUAUUUGAUGGUACAGCUUGA